AGGAAGAAAAGACUUUCUUCCUUCUCUGUGCCGACUGUGCGACUUUCUUCUCUGUUCGAAGCCUAGCAAAAAAAUUCACUUUACCAAUCUACACCCUCACUCCGUUCGUCGCCGACGCCGUUGCUCGCCGCAUCUGUGAGACUCCAUCGCCAUCGCCAUCGCCUUAACAAGUCCCAAGUCCCAAAUCGAAGCUGCUCUCUGCCUCUCCUGCCUCCGCCAGUCCGCCGCGCUGUACGUCUCCUGUCGGCUGUGUCCUGCCGUGCUGGUUCAUCGCUGCCGAGUGUCGAAGACGAAGCACCAAGAUCUCACUAGUUCAUCGCUGGUUCAUCACUGCUCAUCUCUGGCUCACUUAGCAUCCAAUCCCGCCCAAAAUGAAACAUUAUCCCCUCUGAGACAGCACACAAUUGACACAAAUAUCCCAAACAAAAAUCAUUCCCUUUCCCUCUCCCAAAACCACCAUGAUCACCACGCAACUCCUCCUCGCACCACCGCCACGGCCACUGCUCCCCAUUUUCUCUCCUAAACCGUCACUACCCCCAAUCACCACCUCAGUUAAGUCCCCCACUAUUCACCUGCCAAUUACAAAGCCCAUAAUCUCCAGCAGACGAGACUUUCGGGUCUGGGCCGACGACGGAGACGGGGACAGCGGCAGCCCCGACGACUACGACAUGGACGACGAAGAAGCCGAGGAAGUAGACAACAAGAAAGACUUCGACGUUGACUACGACACCACCACCGCCAUUUCCGCAGCCGCGGCCGGAGGAGAGGAUGACAUUCUGAUAGUUCAGAGCAAGAGCUUUAUUUCUACUCAGGGUUGGGAUUCCGAGAAGAUUGUGGAAUAUAGGAUUAAUGAAGAGGAGUUUCAUAAAAUUUGUUUGCUCGACUGUGAUUUCUUUAUUCGGAAACCUCCUGACCUCGACGACGACGUUUACGACUUCCGGGAGAUGUAUGUCACGCCUCCUGACACAGAUGUAUAUGCGAUCCCAAAGGUUCUUGCUCCAAUGCCUCAAAAGUACAUUCGAUGUGCACAGACUGAUUAUGGAUGCUACAAUGUAACAGAGCCACCUAUUGAUGCACCCAGAGAUCCCAUGUAUAAAUCCGAGAGGGAGGUCUUGAAGAUUUUCCUGACGAAGCAUUAUAGAAACCGCAGAUCUGGUGAUCCUGAUUUCAUGCUUGAUUUUGAGGAGAUUUAUGUAAUUGAUUCAAAGACAAAAUCAAUAACAAGAGCUAAAGUUGUGGUGACUGUACCAGACGGGAAAAACAGGGACAGGAGGAAUGAUCUGCUUGUUAUACGUGACAAUGGAAAUUCCUUCAGAAUAAUUCCUCCGAAUGAAAGAGAUACUCCAACAGAUGUGAUAGAGAAGGAAGAAUGGAGCAAAACUAGGCAAGACAUGGAAAGACACCUGAGUAAGCUGAGAGAUUUCAGUGUGUCAAAUUGGUUCUAGCCAACUAGUAUUGUGAUUAAGAAAGUUCUGGGCGUUGCUUUCCAAUGAAUGUCGUGCUGCCAAUUGGAACUGUUCAGAGUAUGAUCCAUAAUCGUGAACAUUUCCGUACACGGCCAGCAGCUACCCGUGACCUUAUCUAGGACGCAUUGCAAACCCCAAAGAGCUGCUGCUCUAAGGAUGAUCAUACUUGUUAGCUUCAAUGUAUUGCCAGCGGUGACAAGUCGGCUCGUCACUUCGCAUUCACCAAGUGGAAGAAACUUGUUAGUUUAAUUCACCUGUUUCUUCUGUAGCUUUCUUGUGUAGCUGCAUGCCUAUUUCCCAGGAACUUGGAAGCUUUGGUAGAAGUUUUAUGCAGCAAAAUCAGCACUAGUAGGCGCAGAAAGGUUGUUUAGCCCAUGAAAAUAUGCUUAUACAGUGUUCUUCUUGUAAGGCAAUCAUGUGAGUCAUGCCUGCAAUGGAUUUCUACCAUGAUGCUAUCGAUUGUGCCUUAAUAUAAGAGUCUUGUGCAUCGUUGGGUGCUUGACGCCCCA